AUGGAGAAGCAAAUCGUCCUGGACGCGGCCCUGACCCGGGCGGACCAGGUUGUCCUGAGAAACCUCGCCAGAGACAUUGAAGCUUCCAACGGCGCCCAUGUCACCGACGACUCGACGGAUCGAGACUCCGGCAUCGGCUCAGAGGAAACCUCUACCGACGGUGACGGGCCUCUAGACGGCCAUGACGCCGGCAAGUCGAGCAAGACGGCCCAAGAGGUGGCCAGGCUCAAAGCCUUGAGAAACCCCGGGAGCGGCGAAUUCGAGCCAACCGUGCUCCUGUCAGUCGACGACUGCUCCCAGCGUGUCUCGCCAGCGGUCAACAAGCAUCUCCUCCAGCCGUACGUCCGGCUGGCCCAGAAGGUGGCCCGGCAUCAGACCGACGUUGUCAUGAUCACGCACCUCAUCAUGUACUUUUCAACCUUGGUCCCGAGCGCCAUUCUUCUUUACCGGCGCUUCAGCCUCAUUCACGGAAUUCUUCAUUCCGCCAUGCAGAUCUACUACCUUGGAUCGUACACGCUGAUGAUGCACCAGCACAUACAUCAGCGAGGCAUCUUGGCCAAACAGUUUGCUGCUUUUGACAAGCUGUUUCCCUACAUCCUCGACCCGCUCAUGGGCCACACUUGGAACUCGUAUUACUACCAUCACGUCAAGCAUCACCACGUGGAAAACAACGGCCCGGACGACCUGUCUUCGACGUUGCGGUUCCAGCGCGACAGCGUUGCAGAUUUCCUCUGCUACGUCGGGCGAUUCUUCUUCCUCGUCUGGAUCGAACUGCCGCUUUACUUCCUCCGCAAGAACCGCCUGAGCAUGGCGAUGCAAGCGGCCGGAUGUGAAUCCCUCACCUAUGUCUUCUACUGUGCCAUGGCGAUACUGUUUGGCGGCAAAGCAACCUUCUUCGUCUACCUUUUCCCCUUGUUGCUGAUGCGGACGGGCCUCAUGAUUGGCAACUGGGGCCAGCACGCUUUCGUGGAUGCCGAUGAGCCCGACUCUGACUUUCGCUCGAGCGUCACGCUGAUCGACGUCGCGAGCAACCGAUUUUGCUUUAACGACGGCUACCAUACCUCGCAUCACCUCAAUCCACUCCGCCACUGGCGCGACCAUCCCAUCUCUUUUCUCGAACAGAAGCAGACGUACGCAAGGGAGGGCGCCAUUGUGUUCCACAACAUUGAUUUCCUCAUGGUGUCUUUCCGCUUGCUCUGCAAAGACUACCACCACCUCGCAAAGUGCAUGGUGCCCAUGGGAAGCCAGAUUGACCUCACCAUGGAGGGGAGAGUUGACUUACUGAAGAAACUGACGAGGAAGUUUAGCGAAGAGGAGAUUCUGGAAAAGUUUCGGCAUAGAACGGAGACGAAGAGAAAUGCAUGA